AUGUCUUUCGUUCUCACAUAUCCGUCAUUCAAUUGGGCAACGUCAAUCACGAAGCGCGUGGUCGUCUCGGAUGUGUCUCGUCUCUUCGACCCACUUGGUCUAGUUGGUCCUGUCAUCAUUCAAGCCAAGAUUUUUAUUCAGGAUCUGUGGAAGGAUAACAGCGACUGGGAUGAAACACUCAACCCUGAGCAUCAAGCACAAUGGCAGGAGUUUCGGAGAAAUCUUACAGGACUAGAAAACCUUACAGUUCCUCGGUGGGUGGGAACCGGUGGUAAUACCAAGACGGAGCUCCAUGGAUUCUGCGAUGCUUCAAACAAAGCAUAUGGAGCCUGCUUCUACAUUCGAACGAUCUCCGAAACGGGGGAGGUGUGUGUGAGGUUAUUGACAGCGAAGUCACGUGUUGCUCCUCUGGACAAUCCGAAAAAAGGAAACAAGCGACUUUCCACUCCGAGACUAGAGCUUUCAUCUGCUGUGUUGCUGGCCCAUCUAUUCGAGAAAAUCACAAACAGUAUUGGCAUAGAAACGAAGUGCUUCUUUUGGACGGACUCCACGAUCGUAAAAUCACAAUUACAAUAUGAAUCACUAUGGUUCAACGGUCCGCACUGGUUAAGUUCAGAUGAACAUAACUGGCCUUCAGCUCCACAGAUUGACGAAGAAGACUUUGAUCCUUCAGUUCUUGAAACCAAGAGCAUAACAGCUGCUUUACCAACACUUCCUCCCAAUGAAAUCUUCAGUUUAAAAUCGUCGUAUACGGAGCUUCUACGACUCACCGCUUGGAUUCAAAGGUUUUGCUACAACUCUAAAACGUCGAAUCGUAACAACCGUCGUAAAGGUCAACUUACCGUGCAUGAAUUAGAUGAAGCACUGGAUUCUCUAGUACGCGUCUCCCAGCUUGAAUGUUUCCAACAAGAGGUAGCCGACCUAUCAAUGGGUAAAGAAAUUCGAGAAUCAUCGAAACUGUCGCCCUUGCACCCGGAGCUUAGGAAAGGCAUAAUUUGCGUUGGCGGCCGGCUUCGUCACGCUCAAAUUGCAACUCGUCGUAAGCACCCGUACAUCCUUGAUCACCAGCAUCCGUUUACGCUCCUCAUUAUUGCACACUACCACCGGAAGCUAUUACAUGGUGGACAACAGCUGAUGAUUUCGGCCAUUCGAGAACGUUUCUGGCCUACUAGUAUCCGGAAUCUGGUACGGAAAGUCAUUCACAGAUGUAUACCUUGCUUCAGGGCGAAACCAAAAGUUCAAGAUCAGCUAAUGGCAGACCUGCCUCCCGGAGAGAGUGAACCCCUGUUCUCCAUUUCAAAGGCCGUUUACGUAUGUCUAGUGACCAAAGCAGUGCACCUAGAACUAGCGUCUGACCUUUCCGCACAAGCUUUUAUUGCCACCUUGAAACGCUUCUCUUCUCGGCGCGGCAAGCCGGAGAUUAUCAUGUGUGACAAUGGAACUAACUUUGUCGGUGCAAGACGACAGUUAGAACAUUUGCGUCACUUGUUCAACAACCAGCAGUUUCAACAAUACGUAAUCAGGCAUUCUGCAGAUGAAGAGAUCCAGUUUAGAUUUAUCCCAGCUCGUUCGCCAAAUUUCGGUGGACUUUGGGAAUCUGCAGUCAAGUCGUUUAAACUACUUUUCAAGAGAACGAUUGGCUCGCACACCCUACUAUACGAUGAGAUGCUAACAGUCCUAACGCAAAUGGAAGCAGUAAUGAAUUCUCGGCCCCUUACACCGCUUAGUAAUGACCCGGACGAUUAUGAAGCUUUGACCCCCGGACAUUUUUUAAUUCAGCGACCUCUGACAGCAAUUCCAGAGCCCGAUUUGGAUGGAAUCCCAGAGAAUAGAUUAGCGGCCUACCAAAAGGCUCAACGAUAUACGCAAUUAUUAUGGAAAAAAUGGUCGCAGCUCUACUUGUCAGAUUUGCAUAAUAGGACGAAGUGGACAGUGCGACGAGAGAAUAUAGCUGUAGGGACGAUGGUAGUUUUGAAGGAUGAAAAACUUCCCCCUCUAUCAUGGCUGCUAGGGCGGGUAACCGAGACUUAUGCUGGUAAAGACGGAAACAUUCGUGUCGUAACCGUCAAAACACGUGAUGGUACCUAUCGUAGAGCUAUCUCGAAGAGCGAUUUCGUUUCUACAGUACGAGAGCAUUCUAGUGUGAUUCUCGAGCUUCCUCCUUCGGAUCAGUCGGGCAAUGAUCAAUUGGAAUAUGAUACAAUGGAAGCAGGUAUGCCCGAGAUAAUUGAUGAUGCUGACAACACACCUUCGGAAUAUUUUUGCGAAUCCGAUGUGGAUAGUGAUACUGGUUUCAAUGAGAUCGACGACAAUAUAAACCUAGUUGAGUAUCUAAGACGCUGGGCCCUGUCCUUCAACAUAAGACAUAUUGCAGUUAAGGAGCUACUAAAAAUACUGAACCGGCGACUAUCUAAAUCUCUUCCGCAAGAUCCACGAACUCUCCUUAAAACAACGCAACGCUAA